GUUCAGAACACCGAUUUGCAUGACCGAACUGAAAAAAAGAAAAGAGUGAAAACACUUUACAAUCAGAAAUUUGGCCCCACAUCCACCGUCUGAUUCCCGAAUCGGAAACCAUAAGAAUAUAUCCGUAUUGGUGACGCUCCAAACAAGGCCCUACUUUCACGUGCCUACCUUCCAAGUCACCGAACCGGAGUCGAACCGGUUUCGAUUUUCGCAAUUCGAACCGAAUAUUUCACUCUUUCCAACAACCAAAUUCCUUUCCCUCAAUAUUAAUCAAAUCAAUCUCUUCCUUCCGUUACAUUUACCCUCUAUUUUUUUUUUUUUACAUUUACCGCGCUAUUCUCUCUCUCUCUCAACAACCGAAGAAUUAGAAUACACUUUCCAGAAUCUAACAACAAAAAAUGCGUUUUGUUUAAUCUAUUUUUCAAUUUUCAGUAGCAUCUUAAGUUUACUUGCAAACUCAAACAAACAACAAAACCCAUUUCUAGCUCAACAGAAUCGAAUUCCAUUCUUUUAAUUAAUCUAACCGUUACGUUAUUCCGCAUAAUCGUAACCGUUCAAUCAAGUAACGAAUUCUUAGUUUUUAUGAUUUUGGAGGUUGCUCCGGCGUCACGAUUUCUUUGAUUUGUGGAGGUGAUGUAGCAAUUUAGGAUUUAGGGUUUUUCCGUUUAAGGUGGAUGUGUAAAGGUGUAAGAUAAAUGCAUGUCACAGGGGAUCUAGGGUUUUUUAAUCUGGUCCUUGUUGUGGUGGUUUGUGUGGUUUUUCCGGUGAUCGGAUUUAUAAUUCGCCGGAAAUGGCAGCUUGCGGUUGCUAGAAAUGAAGAGAUCAAGAGGCUUUUGAUUUUGGCUGCUGAGGAAACUGCUAGGGUUGAGAGAGAAGCUUCUUAUGUGUCCUCCGCCGCGGUGGUUUCCGCCACCACUAGCAAUUAUCAAUGUGCUCUCUGCUAUUUCCCCGCCACUGCGCGCUGUGCUCAGUGCAAAUCCGUUCGCUACUGUUCCGCUCAUUGCCAAACCGUUCACUGGCGUCAAGGUCAUAAAUUUGAAUGUCGUCCUCCCAGCAAAACACAUCAGAGCGAUGACAUAAUAAGUGAUAUUGACAAGACGGAAGCGGAGCAAGAUUACUCUGGUAUCCAUGAGGAGAAAUCUGAAAGUAGAGAUACAGAGUAUAAAAUAUCCUCUGAAGAUACCCACUUUUCUCCUGACGUUUCAUUUAGAAAGGAUGAUAAUAUUAGAGCUCGGUUUCUUGCAGAGGAAAAUUUAGCGGAUUCUAAUUCUGAAUUUUCCAGUAACUCAUUUUCUGGAUUUUCGGCUUCCACAAGUUCUAAUGAUUCAUCUGAUGAUUCUUCUGUGUGUGAGAGUAUCAUCUCAAAUGAGCAAGACAGAUCAGAGGGACAUAUUUCUGUUUCCACCCUUGACAAGGUGGAUGCAGCAAUGUCUUCUUCACCAAAAUUUGCAAGUUUGCUUGAUUCAGGCGAUGGUUCUUCUACUGUUCAUAAAUUAAAUCAUAUCGCACCUGGUUCUAGAAAAGAAGAGAGGAAACUUGCAUCAAAUGAUGCUUCAGGCUCGAGCAUGUGGAAGGGGGUGAAAACUGAGCCUUCUGGAUUCUGGGAUGAAGCUCUUGAUUUGAGAGAGGUAAAUGUUGACGUUAAUAAUGACAUUUAUCAAAUUCAUUCUGAUGAACCCACCUGUGAAAAGAAUGAUUCUGGAUUGUCAUUUCGCUUCCAAUUCAGUACCAUGUCUCCGUUGCAUGUACAAGAUACUGAGGCUAAAGUAUCUUUGCCUGAUGACGCUCUUCCAAACUCUAUUGGGAAGAAUAUGCCACAUCCAGGAUCAGCAUCAUCUGAGAAUGACAGUAUGAAUUCCUUAAAGGCGAGGAGGAACCACUCAAUGAUCAACAACAAAGAUUUCAAUAUUAUUAGCAAUAGUGGUUCUGAAUCUGAAAAAUUGGAAUCUAAAGACAGGUCUGAGCUACCUCUAUACUCCUCUUCCUCCCAAUCCUCCAGUAUUGGCAAAGAUUUAGGUUCUGUGGCAUCAAAUCAUGUUGUGGACAACCAUGGCUGCACUUUGAAGUCCACCGAUAUUAGAGGCCAGACUCAUGAGGUUGUUGGUUCUAAAUUAGCUUCUACAACUGAAGGACAUUCACAUCCCAGUACAAAAGAUAGGAAUAUUAAAUAUGGGACUGUCACUUCUCAUGUUGCCAACUAUUCUGCAAAUUCUAAGAGUGGCUUGAAAACAUCUGUUUUAAAAGUCGUUGAUCAGUUUAGAGGAUCGAGUUUGUCAAAGCACAUUCCUUUAGCAGUUGGGAGUGAUAUUGCUGGAAAAUACAACGACAAGGUUCUUUUUCCAUAUGAAUCAUUUGUGAAACUUUAUAACUUCAACAAGGUGGAGUUGCGCCCAUUCGGUCUUAUAAAUUGUGGAAACAGUUGCUAUGCUAAUGCUGUACUUCAGUGCCUAGCUUUUACACCAUCCUUAACUGCUUAUCUGCUUCAAGGACUACAUUCUAAAUCAUGUGCAAAUAAAAAAUGGUGUUUCACCUGUGAAUUUGAAAGAUUGAUUUUGAAGUCAAAGGACACUAAAUCUGCACUAUCUCCAAUGAGUAUACUCUCUCAACUACAGAGUAUUGGGAGUCAGCUUGGUAAUGGCAAAGAAGAAGAUGCACAUGAAUUUCUAAGACAUGCUAUUGACACCAUGCAAUCGGUUUGCCUUAUGGAAGCUGGGGUUAAGGCAUCGGGUUCAUUGGAGGACACUACUUUAAUGGGUCAAACAUUUGGAGGAUACCUUCGAUCAAAGAUAAAAUGCAUGAAAUGUGGUGGGAAGUCCGAGCGUCAUGAAAGGAUGAUGGAUCUAACUGUUGAGAUAGAAGGGGAGAUAUCAACACUUGCAGAGGCCCUUCGACGGUUUACAAGCACCGAGUCUUUGGAUGGAGAAAACAAGUACCACUGUGUCAGAUGUAAAUCUUAUGAGAAGGCCAAGAAGAAGCUGACAAUUUCAGAGGCACCCAAUAUUCUUACAGUUGCAUUGAAGAGAUUUCAGUCUGGAAAAUUCGGAAAGCUUAACAAGCCUAUUCAAUUUCCGGAAAUACUUGACCUGGCGCCUUUCAUGAGUGGGACCAGUGAUAAGACACCCAUUUACAGAUUGUAUGGUGUGGUUGUUCAUUUGGAUAUUAUGAAUGCUGCUUUUUCCGGUCACUAUGUGUGCUACGUGAAGAAUAUCCAAAACAAGUGGUUCAAGGUUGACGACAGUGUGGUAACAGCUGUUGAUUUAGAGAGAGUCAUGACAAAAGGAGCAUAUAUGCUUUUUUAUGCAAGGUGCUCUCCAAGGGCCCCAAAAUUAAUUAGGAACAGGAUUCUAUCCUCGGAUUCAAAAAGUAAGGUCAAUGGAAAGUCUGUGAAAGCAGGGUCUAUUUCUGGUGCAGCUGAACCCAUCACUAGUUCCAUUUCUCCCGACGGCUCACCCACCUUGGAGUCUUUCUAUUCAAGGUUUCACCACCUGAAAAAGGUUUUAGAAGAAGACUCAAGUGAUAAUUCAUCACUUUUCAGCAGUAAUUCCGAUGAAGGUUCUUGCAGUACUGACAGUACCCGUGAUUCAACUAGCAUGGAUGACUUCUCUGAUUAUAUUUUUGGUGAUUCAGGGCAUGGGUGGAGUAGCACGUGGAGGAAUUCUGAUUCUGAUACGUCUUCGUCCUCCUCAUCUCCCUUGAAUUAUAGACAUUCGCCCUUAUCUGAUAUGGACAAGUAUGAUUCAAUGUCUCCAGAUGCAACUAGUUCGGAGACAGAUAGGGGUGCUAGUAUUUCUCAUUUACAUUCUGACACAAUUUUAAAGCAUAGAAAAUUAGAUAGUAGUAACAUUAGCAGCAAUAGUAGUAGUAGUGAAGCCGACUCUUUUCUAAAACUAGGAUCUAACCAUUCUAAUGAUAAGAAUUCUGGUGUAUCGUGUAGAAAGUCGAGGAAAAGAACAGGUUGAAUAUUAUCAAUAGGGAGCUCUGAUGCAGUAAAUAAUUGAGGGAUGCUAUUAUAAUAAACGUAAUAAUGUAUUCAUGGAGGUGGCUUUCUUUUAACAGUGAAAUUAGCUACACCAUUUUUCCAAUAACUUCGUACAUUAGAUGCAGUGUGUAGAUAUACAUUGUAGAUCAUCAUAACUAUAUAUUCUUUGUAGGUUUAAAUGCAGUUUUCCUUAUUGUUUUUAGAAUUCAA